AUGACCGGCUCCUGCUGUGGCUCCACCUGCUCCAGCUGUGGGGGAGGCUGCUGCCAGCCCUGCUGCUGCCAGCCCUGCUGCUGCCGAGACCCCUGCUGCUGCCGCCCCUGCUGCUGCCAGACCACCGUGUGCCGCCCCGUGACCUGCGUGCCCCGCUGCACGCGCCCCAUCUGCGAGCCCUGCCGCCGCCCCAUCUGCUGUGACCCCUGUGGCCUGCAGGAGGGCUGCUGCCGCCCCAUCGCCUGCUGCCCCACGUCCUGCACGGCCAUUGUCUGCCGCCCCUGCUGCUGGGCCUCCACCUGCUGCCAGCCCAUCUGUGUGCAGGCGCCCUGCUGCCGGCCCCCCUGCUGCCAGCCUGCCCCCUGCCGCACCACCUGCAGGACCUGCCCCUCCUGCUGCUGCUGA